AUGUCGACAUUCAUGGGAAUUGUAGAUGAGUUCCCGGAUAUACGAAGUACACAGGCCCCCUUGAUUGACCAUAUCCAAGGCCUUGAAAACUUCUAUGGCGGCCCAUUUAUCCACUGUUCAGCAGCGACCAAGGAGCUACUCCUACGCUUAGAACGCAGAGCUCAUAGAUGGAACCUAGCAAAGGGAGUUUUGGAGAGCCGCAGAUGCCAAUAUAUGGAGAAAAAGAAUAAACUGAAAGUAAUACCUAUGGAGACGCCAACGGUGAUAGAAUUGGAUAGUGAGAGGAGUAUACGUGUCACAAUGUUUGACGCAAAUCACUGCCCAGGCGCUGUGAUGUUUCUCAUUGAAGGUGAUGGCAAGGCCGUUCUCUACACGGGUGAUGUUAGAGCUGAGCCAUGGUGGGUCGAUUACCUGGCCAGGCACCCAUUGCUUAUCCCGUACACCACGGGAAUAAAACGUCUUGAUAAGAUCUAUUUAGACACGACAUUCAUAGGUCAAAAGAUAAAGAGCCAAGUAUUUGCUCCCAAGCGUGAAGGGAUUCGGGAGCUUAUAGAAACAAUUGGAAAGUACCCAGCAGACACAAUAUUUCAUUUCAAUACAUGGACUUUCGGGUACGAAGAUGUAUGGGUUGCUCUUGCUGCUGCCUUCAAUACUCAGAUCCAUUUAAGUAAAUAUCACUUCCGAUUAUUCUCGUUUAUUAGUGCUACUGAAGUUUAUCCCUCAGGACCCUACCUUAGGGGUUAUAAAUUUGGGAAUACGAACGUUAAAGGGUGUCUUACAACAAAUCCGGAAGUCCGAUUCCACUCUUGUGAAAGGAAAUCCGGAUGUGUGGGACUUGAAGGAAAGAAGAAUGUAGUGUGGAUUACACCCGUAAUUGUGAAAAUUGGGGACAUUGAUGUCCAUGAAGCUGGCUCUGGAGAUUUGGAAAACCAGGAUGACCUAGAGCUGUAUGAAGACCAAUUACAACUGCUUCUCGAUGCUCUAGGGAAGAACAUAGAUCCCAGCGUAAAAAGCCUUCUACAAAGUGCGAGGAGUACUCGAAAACAAGUACUACCAUUGACUCUAAAUGAAGGAGAGGAAGGUGAUGACAUAGCUCUUGAAGAAUUGUUGAUCAAGCUCUCUCAAUCGGCUCUAGGCAAGGGAAUCUCUAAACCUGGCUUUAUCCCAGAUGCUGAGAUCUCCACCUCUGAUGGAAAAUCUCUCCCAAACAAAAUAACGUUCCCCUAUUCUAGGCACUCGUCAUACUCUGAAUUACGAGGCUUAGUAGCUUUAUUUAGACCUCGUGAUAUUUACCCUUGUGUGGUAGAUACACAGUCAUGGGAUGAAAGCAAAACAAUGGAGAAUCUUUUUGGCGAUCUUUGCGAAGGAGAAGUGUUUACGCAUGAUGAAAUGAUGAAAAAAAUUCUCAACGAGGAACGUCGAAUCCAAGAAGAGCUAGAGGAUGAAAGGAGUAGGCGUGAGCUCCAAAGUCAGGAAAAUCUCGAUAGGGUAGAAACAGAAGGCUCCAUUGAUUCACAGCUCCUCAAAGAACACCUCGAAAGAGAUGUCUUAGUAUAUCAAGAUAAUGACCCGAGUUCAUCUCCACCUCUGCCGAGAACACCAUCUUCGAGAAAGCGGCGAGUAAAUGAAAACAACGACACCACCCCCAAAGCCAGAAAGAUUACAAACCCAAAAAGAGUUCGCACCACCUCAUCCCCCACCUUACCCCCAAUAAUUUCUCCUAGACAACAGAGACAGAUAUCCAACCUGGCGCUCAUUGAGGCCGUCCGUCUGGCAGGCUCUUCAACCGCUAGUAGCACCCCUCAAACUUCGCCGGCUAGCGCAAAAAUGGAGGAACGCCAAGGGAGAGCUGUGAAAAGGUUUAAGUUGAAUCAAGGCAAAUCAGAGAUCUCAGCAGUAGACCAGCCGGGAAAAAUAGAACAGGCCAGCCAAAAUAAGGAGUUUAUGAUACCCGGUCUUGACUCACGGCGGGGAAGUAUCAACGAGGAAGAGGUCAUUGAGGCCAUGGAGGCAGCACUUGAAAUUGAUGGAAGAACAUGGUGGGAUGCGGGAUUGACUUGCACAAAUGAAUGGAAGUAUGAGGAGGAAAUUGAGUUAUAG